GGACGCUUUAUCCCGUCUAAGAGCAGCCUUAGCAGGCAGGCAACUUGCCUUCCCGUCAUUCAUACUAUGUUGAACUAGGCGGAGGUUUCCUGAGCAGCGCCGGAUGGGAUGGUCUCCGUUCUUGGAGCCAUUUGGGGGUGAUGAUCGCGUUCUAAUUGCGGGAAGGAGGAGUUUGCGUGGAGAAGGUUAGUGAGAUGAUGGGCUGCGUGGUAAAGAGGGGGUACUGGUUUGAUAAAUCAAAGGCUGUAUAAGAAGGGAAAGCGCCAGCACUAGGAUUCUGCAUUCAGCAGACAAACAUAUCCAGUCUUUCUCUACAAGUCUUCCAUUUGCUCAAAUCAUCCUCUGUCAAGUUCAUUCUUGCUCUUAUCACUCCCGCAACAAUGAAGUCUACCAUCUUCUCCGUCGCUGCCCUCGCGGCUCUCAGCUCUGCUGCUCCCACCAAGCGCCAAAGCACUGGCCCUUCUGAUGGUGAUAUCCUCAACUAUGCCCUUACCCUAGAGCAUCUCGAGGACACCUUCUACCGCGAUGCUCUGGCGAAGUUCUCCGCCGACGACUUCAAGUCCGCCGGCUUCGACGCCGACACAUACGCAAAGAUCCAGACCAUCGCCGAAGACGAGAAGACGCAUGUGUCCUUCCUCACCACCGCCUUGACCGCUGCUGGCGCCAAACCCGUUGCGGCAUGCACAUACGAUUUCGGCUACAAGGACGUAGCUAGCUUCCUGGCCACCGCAUCCGUGCUCGAGGGCGUCGGUGUCUCAGCCUAUCUCGGUGCCGCCGCAGACAUCAUGUCGAAGACGUAUCUCACCGCAGCGGGAAGCAUCUUGACCGUCGAGGCGCGUCACUCCGCAUACGUGCGCAAGACCAUCGCCCAAGCGCCCUUCCCCGCGCCAUUCGACAACCCCCUGUCGUACAACUCGGUUUACACGCUUGCUGCGCAGUUCAUCAAGUCGUGCCCAGAGUCCAAUGCUCCUCUGCCCGUCAAGGCGUUCCCUACCCUCACCGGUAGCUCGACCGACAAGAUGAUCAAGACUGGUAGCAAGGUCAUGCUGGCCACCAAGGGCUACAAGGUUGAUGGCACCGUGUACGCUGCCUUCAUCACCGUUACCGGCCCCAUGUUCGUGAAUGCCACUGUUGUCGAUGGCGGUUACGAGGUUGAGGUGCCCAAGGGUGUUGCGGGACAGAGCUACAUUGUGCUUACGAGCUGCAACACUGCUGCUACUGACGACACCAUCGUUGCUGGCCCCGCUGUCGUUGAGAUCUCUGCCUAG